GAUCAGAUGAUAGCCCUAAUCUUAAGAAUUAUGACGAGCAAACAACUGGAGGAAUGUUUGAUCCUUAUCUUAAGAAUUAUGACGAGCAAACAACUGGAGGAAUGUUUGAUCCUUAUCUUAAGAAUUACGACGAGCAAGCAAGUGGAGGUACGUGUGACUAAAUAAGUUAUUACAGAUGUUAUGAAUGGUAAACAUUUUUUGAAGAUUUUCACUUGACCAAAAUCCAACUUACUUUUUGUAGUUUUUUAUUAACCUUUCAUUUUAAUCAAAAGUUCUGGUGGAAAAGCUUACAGUAAUCCGGGUAAUCGAAAUUGCCUGAACUUGCAUGUCAUUGAGCUUGAGUUUAAUCACUCAACAACUGUGGUAGGUAGGUAUACAGGUUUAAGCCGUUUGUGUUUCUCGGGAAUUAUUGCUGAACUUGUACAACCUUGGCAAGCCAAACAAACAGUCCUAUAUCACAGUUUUGUUUAGAAUUUUCUUUCUCUAAAUUUACAGGACUAUUCACGGCUGAUCAAAAACUGAACGGUAAGACAAAUAUAUACACUCGUCAAAAUGCAAAUGGUGCUCGUAGUGGCUAUGAAUGUCCAGAGGAACGAGAUUACCAUCCUUACUGGCAUCCUACAGAUUGGAUUGAUAUAGCGGUGUUAGCUUAUAAUGAAAGCAUGUGUCAAUAUUAUCAGAAAGAGAGUUUCAAUGUCAAACCUAAAG